UUUUUUCAUGACGGUAUUGGAACUGACACCAUUGCUAUUUUUUAACACCGGCUGUAUACGGUAAUACGGUAAUACUGCACAAGCCUAACUGAGAUAAUUGUUUAAGCUCUAGCUUACAGUUUAAAAACAAUAUUUAGUGUUACUUUAACUCAUGUUAAUGACUUAAUUUGUUGCUGCAUGUUCAAGUAUUCAUUUUCCUUACAUAUUAAGUUUAAAUGAGCUAUUUGUUGCGCAAGAUACGUGAUGAUUGUUUGCAGGUGUGUAGGAUGGACCUUUAACCUCACAUCCUGUGACUCUGGUUCUAAGAAAACACAAACCGUCAAACUGGGAUGUAAUGAUUUCACUUUUCAGCUACAGAAGAAGGUGUAGACAUGUGGUCUAUCUUUUAAAAGUCGGUGAUUUUACUCUGUUAACUCCACCGGUGUUGGGUGGGCCUCUUAAGGGGGACCUGAGAAGAUAGAAGCUAAGUGGUUGUAGAUAAACAACAAGGCUUGAUAAUAGGAGAACUGCUAUUUAGGGCUUGUGAUGUUACAACUCCUCACGAUUCCGGACUUUCUCUGAAUUAGAGGUUUUCAGACCUAAAAAUGCUCCAGGAACACUCCAGACACCUGUCAGGAAGAAAUAAGAAUCUUUAAUCCAGUUCUUCUUCACAAAUGUUCUUAGAGUUGUCUUUUUUAGCUAUUUUCCUCUGAAACCUAUCUUCCAUAAGAAGGUAGCCGUUUGCCUCAACCUCAGACUUCUGCUUUAAUAGUCACAGAGUGCCUCUGCAACACCGGCUGCUUUUGUUUUGGUUACAGAUAAAAUCACACAAGAAAAACACCAAAGCAGCACAAAAAAAAGUAAAAAAAAAAUAUGAAAGAAACGGAGAGUCGGUGGAGAAGUUGGAAAGUAGUCCAAAUAAUUGAGUGUGAAUUUUACAAAAAACAACAGACACACUCAAAGUGCAGGAAGGUUUGUCUGUCUUCUCUUUUUAUGUCUGGAACAAGACACACUUUGAGAUAACGAGGAGAUAGUAAAAGAGUGAUGAAGCAGAGCAGAAACUCUCCCCUUAGCCCAGAUAGCACAAAUCAAGACUCUUCCUCUGGUAGAAUUUCCUUUAUCUGGGCUGAAGGCAGGAUCUGACCCUUCCUCCCGUUCCCACCUCACCUCGUUUGAUCUCAGGCUGGUGCCACCGAUCUCCCUCACCCUGGCGUGUGAUUCAUGCCUGGACAUAUGGAGGCGAUCACAGCGCCUGUUGCUGAGAGUUCUCCUUGGGAUUUCUGACUACCUGACAGACGGAGAGAGCUUCAGUCCAACGUCUGGAUGAGGGGCGGACAAAUGCAGGGAAAGAGAUAGGGAUAGAGGGGGAGGUGAGAGGAAAAGAGGAGGAGAAAUGAAGGAGAAAAAAAUGACUGCACGCCACGACUGGACUGCCUCCUUUUCCCCCUCAACCUCACUAAACUUUAUCCUCCCUCCUCCUCCUCCUCUUCCUCCUGCGUGUGUGUCCGUUUGUGUGUGUUUAAAAUGAUUUGGGGAGAAGAGAGGGACACGCAUUCGGAGUUUGGCUGACGGUGCAGGCAGGAGCGUCACACAGGAGCCUGAGGGGCUGCAGACUGAGGCUAAAGAGGACUGGAGAGGUUUAGAUCUGAUUCUCAGAGUCAACAGUGAUUGACAGGCAAGCAGAAGGAAAGAUAAGGAAGAAUAGAUUACACAGAGUCCUGGAAAAGCCUAAAAUAACAGAAACAAGAGUGUAUGAGGAGCAAAGACAGAGCCAGAUAUGCUGAUUUGUGUCUAGAAGUCAGGAAGGCAGGAAAACAUUUUCAGACUGGAGGUUUCUUUUUUUUUUUUGGAGACAAAAAAGGAGCAGAUGGACAGAAGUGCUUUUCGUUUUUGAAGAGAGACUCUUCAUCCACAUCUAGCAAUGCUUUUGAGAAACUCUGAUCUGAGUUACGCCAAGGACGUGGAUGAAAACAGGAUUGUUCUAUAAUCAGUUUCUCUUAGGAAGUAGACCCGCAUCAUUAUUUUUUUUAGUAUUUAACGUCCAUCAGCAGAGGUUCUGUGCUGAUGUCCACUAUGUUCUCUCCAAAGUACUCUUUAAUAGCAUCUUGGACUACUUGUCUUCAGGUUUUGUGCAUCGUGACCGCCUGGACCUCAGCCUGGCCACAGCAAACACAGCUGCAGCCGCGCCGGUCCAGACAGAUGUUGCCUCCGUCGUCCUCGGGAAACCUGUCAGAGAGCGCCGAGAGCAAAGUGGAGCGCCUUGGCCUGGCGUUCAAGCAGAACGUCCGGGAGCUGCGCGAGAAGAGCUCCUGCUUGGACCUGGUCUUCCUGGUGGACGAGUCAUCCAGCGUGGGUGCCAACAACUUUCAGAGCGAGCUGAGGUUCGUACGCAAGAUGCUGUCUGACUUCCCCGUGGCGCCAGAGAACACUAGGGUGGCACUGGUGACCUUCUCCUCCAAGACGCACGUGGUGACGAGGGUGGACCACAUCUCAGCACCGAAGUCCCAUCAGCACAAGUGCUCCCUGUUCAACCAGGAGAUCCCAGCCAUCAACUAUAAAGGGGGGGGCACCUACACUAAAGGAGCUUUCCAGAGGGCAGCGCAAAUUCUUCGUCACUCCCGUGGUAAUGCCACUAAAGUCAUCUUCCUCAUCACCGAUGGUUACUCCAAUGGUGGAGAUCCUCGGCCUGUGGCGGCGGUUCUGAGGGAACGAGGUGUUGAGAUCUUUACUCUGGGAAUCUGGCAAGGGAAUAUCAGAGAGCUCCACGACAUGGCCUCACAACCUAAAGACCAACACUGCUACCUGGUGCACAACUUUGCUGAGUUUGAGGCCCUGGUUCGUCGUGCUCUGCAUGAAGACUUGCCAACAGGUAGCUACAUCCAAGACGAUUUGUCACGCUGCUCAUCUCUGUGCGAUGCGGGCAGAGACUGUUGUGACGUGAUGGCCAGCUGUAAGUGUGGCACUCACACCGGACAGUACGACUGCAUCUGUGAGAAAGGAUACUACGGAAAGGGUCUGAAGCAUGAAUGCACAGCCUGUCCACCUGGCACUUAUAAACCAGAAGCAACACCUGGAGGAUUGAGCACCUGCCUGUCAUGUCCCGACACACAGCACACCUCCCAGCCUGGCAGCACAUCUCUCGAUGACUGCGUCUGCAAACCGGGCUAUCAGCCAAUAGGCAUGACCUGUCAGGUGGUAUACUGUCCAGUGUUGUCGCCUCCAGAAAAUGGCUUUUUUGUCCAAAACGUGUGUAACAACCACUUCGAUGCAGCCUGUGGAUUGCGAUGCCAGCCGGGCUUUGAGCUCUAUGGAACCAGCAUCAGACUGUGCCAAGCUGACGCCACAUGGUCAGGGACACCAGCAAGCUGCAGAGUCCGCUCCUGCCCGCCUCUCUCUCGGCCUCAGCAUGGCUUCCUGCGGUGCAGCGAUGGUGGCGUGUCCUACAGGGCAGAGUGUCAGGUGGGCUGUGAGCGUGGAUACAGCCUAGAAGGAAACUCCACACUCGCCUGUCAGGCCAAUUCCCAGUGGAGUGGGCCUGUGCCUCGGUGUGUGGAGGUGCGAUGUCCCCCCAUUGUGAACCUGAAGAACAUCUUGGUGUCGCCCCCUGUCUGCGUGAAAAGGGCUGUGUCUCUGGGCUUCAUCUGCCAUUUGACAUGUCGUCAAGGUUACAGUCUCCAAGGCAACAGGAGGGCGGUGUGCCUGAGUAACGGGAACUGGACCGCUAACGUCCAUAAAGCUGUCUGUGCAGAUACCGAGCCUCCGCGGAUCCAGUGCCCCGCAGACAUUGUUGCACAAACAGAUGAGCGACGAAGCACCACAAACAUCAGCUGGAAUGCUCCGACUGCCACUGACAACUCCAACGAAGAGGUGGUGGUGCAGAUGAAGCCGGUCUACAGCCCUCCUCAGCUGCUCCCCAUCGGAAAAGAAACCAUCACCUACAUCGCUACGGACCGCUCCGCGAACCAGGCGAACUGUUCCUUUACCGUCACUGUGAUCGAUACUGAGCCUCCGUUCAUUGACAGGUGCAGGUCACCCCCGACGGUCCAGGCCGCAAACACGGAGACAGCGGUCAACUGGGAAGUGCCGCAGUUUUCCGACAACUCACGUGGUCGUCUCACAGUAACCAGUAGCCAUACUCCAGGGUCCCCGUUCCCAGUAGGAGAGACUGUGGUCCAGUAUACAGCCACUGAUGCAGCAGGAAACAGUCACACGUGUAACCUCACCAUAACUGUGCAAGGAACAACUUGUGACCAACCGUACUUGCCUGUGAAUGGAGAGUUCAUCUGCUCUGAGGAAGAUGAGGGAGUUAACUGUACCUUACACUGUAAAGAUGGUUACAGCUUUGCUCAGGAUGCCAUACACAGCUACUUCUGUGCCCACAACGGUGUGUGGGAGCCGCCGUACUCUCCAGACAGACCCGAUUGCUCACUAAAUCGCAUAGCAAACAAUGGCUUUAAACCCUUUGAGAUGCUGUUUAAAGCAUCUCGAUGUGACGAUGCAGACUUGGUCAAGUCGUUUACCGGGAGCUUUAACGACAAACUAGGAGGCAUGCUCCCUGGCAUUUGUAGCAGUGACGAAAUCACCUGCAAGCUGGAGGUGAUGUCACAGGGCCACUGUCUGGAGUACAACUAUGACUAUGAAAAUGGAUUCUCAAUUGCACCGGGUGGCUGGGGUUCCCAGGGAUCACAGGACUAUGCUUACUUUGAGUCAGGCUUUGCCACGGGCACCCAGCAGCUCCCCAGCCAGCAACAAGACAACAACAGGAAGCUUCAGCUCCGCAGCAAGAGGAGCAGGAAGAUCACAGGCCCCACCCGAGAUCACAAGAUCCAGAUCUACUUCAACAUCACAGCAAGCAUCCCUUUGCCUUUGUCGAGGAAUGACUCUGUAGAAGUAGCCAAUCAGAAGAGGCUCCUGCGGGCCCUGGAACAACUCACCAACCGCCUGAAACGAACACUGGCGAAGCAGCAGCUGUCCAGUUUCCACGUGUCCUCGGAGAUGAUCGUAUCCGAUCCCAGGUCCCUGGAGAGCAAGAAGGCCUCACUGUUCUGCAGGCCGGGCUCAGUUCUCAAAGGCAGAAUGUGUGUCCAAUGUCCCGUUGGCACGUACUUUUCGCUGGAGUAUAAUGAGUGUGAGAGCUGCUGGUUGGGGUCCUACCAGGACCAGGAGGGUCAGCUAGAGUGUAAGUCCUGUCCUGAAGGAACCGCCACGGCGUACCUGCACUCACGCAGCAUCGCUGAGUGUAAAGGUCAGUGUAAACCUGGUAGUCACUCUCUCAAUGGGUUGGAGAUCUGUGAGUCGUGCCCGCUCGGUCACUUCCAGCCUGGGUUUGGUGCCAGAAAGUGUCUGGUCUGUCCUGGUGGGACUUCCACCGUCACCAGAGGAGCAGUGGAUGAGACGGAGUGUGGAGUUCCCUGCAUAGCAGGUCACUUCUCGCGGACCGGUCUGGUUCCCUGUUACCCGUGUCCCAGAGAUUAUUAUCAGCCUGAGCAUGGGCGCUCCUACUGCCUCUCCUGUCCUUUCUAUGGAACAACCACGGUUACAGGAGCAUCCAGCAUUCAGCGCUGCUCCAGUUUUGGCUCAAGUUUCCUUGCUAAGGAAGAGAGCGUAACUGCUGCUCCAGAAGUGGAGGUCAUUGAAGACUACCAGGCCAGCAGUCAGGUUUUCCACGAGUGCUUCCUGAAUCCCUGCCAAAAUAAGGGAACAUGUGAGGAGGUGGGAGCAGGUUACGUCUGCACCUGCACACCUGGAUUCACAGGUGCGAAGUGCGAGAUCGACAUAAAUGAGUGUGACUCGUCUCCGUGCCAGAAUGGAGGUUUGUGCAAAGACGGGAUGGGAGAUUUCCAGUGUCAGUGCAAGCUUGGAUUUUUGGGCUCUUUGUGUGAGGCCGAGAUAAACGAGUGUCUCUCCUCCCCGUGUCUGAACGAAGGAGUGUGCGUUGAUGAAGUCAACGGGUUCAGCUGCAGCUGUGCAGACGGCUUCACAGGAUUUCGUUGCGAACUGGAAAUCAAUGAGUGCCAGUCCAGCCCGUGUCUGAACGGAGGUGUGUGUGAGGACUUAACGGGCGGCUACAGCUGCAACUGUGCUGUUGGAUUCUCAGGGGAUCGCUGCGAGAUCAACAUUAAUGACUGUUACAGCGCCCCCUGUCUGAACGGAGGCCUGUGCAUUGAUGCUGUAAACAGCUACAGGUGUCAUUGUGUGGAGGGUUAUCGAGGACGGCUGUGUGAGGUGGACGUGGAUGAGUGCGACCCCAACCCCUGUGUGAACGGGGCCAGCUGCUUGGACGGGCUUGGGUCCUUUACCUGCCGCUGCCUCCCUGGGUUCAACGGAACCAGGUGUGAGACAGAGAUGUCCUCCGCCUUCAACCUGGACUUUGAGGUUUCCGGUAUCCAUGGUUACGUGAUGAUGGAUGGCGUGAUGCCUGCGCUGACGGAAAUCACCUGCACCUUCUGGAUGAGAUCAUCAGACACCACCAACUAUGGCACCCCUGUUUCCUACGCGGUAGACGGUAGCGACAACGCGUUCCUCCUGAUCGACUACAACGGGUGGGUGCUGUAUGUAAACGGUAAGGAGCGGAUCACUGACUGUCCCGCUGUGAACACGGGUCAGUGGCACCACAUCGGUGUCUCCUGGAGGAGCUGGGAUGGAGACUGGAGGAUCUACAUCAACGGGAGGCCGUCAGAUGGAGGCAAAGGCCUGUCAGUGGGCACCACCAUCCCAGGAGGAGGGGCUCUGGUUUUGGGUCAGGACCAAGAUCAGAGAGGAGAAGGCUUCAACCCGGUGGAGUCCUUCGUUGGUUCCAUCAGCCAGCUCCACAUCUGGGAUCGUGUUCUCACUCCACAGCAGAUCAAAGUCCUAGCCAGCAGCUGCCCUGCCUCACACGUGAGACACAGAGGAAACGUGCUCGCCUGGCCUGAUUUUCUCAGUGGCGUGGUGGGCCGAGUCAAAGUAAACCUCAACAGCAUUUUCUGUGCUGACUGUCCCAAGCUGGAGAACGCUGUGCCCCACCUGCAUGUCUCCUCUGUGGAGGUGAGCCCUGGAGCCCAGGUGCAGCUGUCCUGUGAUCCCGGUUUCUACCUGGUGGGGGAGCCAGUGCUGCAGUGCCAAAAUAGAGGAGAGUGGAGCCAUCCUCUGCCCAGCUGUGAACGGGUAUCAUGUGGACCUCCUCGUCCUCUGGAGAACGGUUUGUUUGAGGGGGCAGACUUCCAUGCUGGCAGCUUCGUGGUGUAUCAGUGCCAUCCAGGUUUUUACCUGCUGGGAGACACCAAGACACACUGCAGCAACAGUGGCAAGUGGGGCGGACAUCCACCUGCCUGUCUGGAUGUGGAUGAGUGUGCUCUGGGAUCAGACUGCGAUGACCACGCCAGCUGUCAGAACACGGAUGGGUCCUACACCUGCACCUGCAUCCACCCAUACUCAGGGGAUGGCAAGAACUGCACAGAGCCGGUUAAGUGUCCUAACCCCGGAUCUCCAGAGUUUGGUCACAGAGAUUUCAGCAACUUCCUGAUGGGCAGUGAGGUGGUGUUUGGUUGUGAUAACGGCUACGAGCUUGUCGGCUCGUCACGACUCAACUGCCUGGAGUCAGGAGCCUGGGACAGCCCUGUUCCAUACUGCAGAGCCCUCUCCUGCCCACCACCGGCGGUCCCAGAAAACUCUCUCCUGAAGGGAAACAACUUCACCUACGGAAGCAAGGUGACUUUCAGCUGUAAGAAGGGCUACCUGCCUCAGAUACCCUACGAAUUCCAGUGUCUCUCCACCCUGAGGUGGAGCGGGACUCCACCUGCCUGUUACCCUGUGACCUGUGGGGGUCCGCCGUCCGUGGAGCACGCUGGCUACACCUUUGACACAAACACUUACCUCUCCACUGUUAACUACACCUGUGUGGAGGGUUACAGACCGCAGGGCUCCAUGGAAGUGUUAUGCGAGGCGACGGGGGAGUGGAGCCGGCCCAUUCCUCACUGUGUGAGCAUGGUGUGCAGCGAGCCGCCGGUGCUGAAGGAUGCUGUGAUUGUUGGAGAGAACUAUGAAGUGGGGAACAAGGUGCACUACGUCUGCAAAGAAGGCUACACUUUGAUUGGUCCAGAAACCAGAGAAUGUCUCCCAUCAGGUCAGUGGAGUGACGACUUUCUGCAGUGCGUGCCUCGAUCCUGUGGCCCGCCGCCCAUUAUUGACCACGCGGUGCCCCACGAAACUCAUAAGCUGUUUGGAGACACCGCCAGCUACUACUGCACUGACGGAUACACGGCCAGCAACAACUCCAAGCUGGAGUGCAACGCUCAGGGUGUGUGGGUCCCCCCGGAUGGCAUGGAAACCCCCCACUGCAUUGCAAACUUCUGCCUACGCCCACCUAACCCGCCGCACGCCAUUUUAGAUUCAAUCAACAAACCCAAAUACGCUAGCAACACUGAGGUGAGCUACAAAUGCGAGGAGGGCUUUAUGCUGAACUCCACGGCCACGCUCAGGUGUCUGAUGGGAGGGGCGUGGGAGCCCUUCCCCUCUGAUAUUGGCUGCGUACCAGUGAGGUGCUCCAAACCCGAGAGCAUCGAUCGGGGCUAUGUGAGAGGGAACAACUACAGCUUUGGAGCGGUGGUGGCUUACAGCUGUGAGACAGGAUACAUGAUUCGUGGGGAGAAGAGACGGACCUGCAAGGCUAGUGGGGAGUGGGGAGGAGUUCUGCCCACCUGUGUGCCCGUGUCCUGCUCCGCCCCUCCCACACUAGAGAACGGAUACAUCCAGGUCAAAGGUCGAUUCACUUUCAACAACAAAGUGACGUACGCCUGUAACGCGGGCUACAGGCUGAUCGGUAGACCAGAGCGAGUUUGUCAAGCCAACAGGCAGUGGUCCAACCACGACCUUCCCACCUGCGUUCUCCUGACCUGCCAAGCCCCUCCUGACAUCGUUCAUGGACACUACAAAGGCUCUGAGUUCCAGGUGGGCUAUAAAGUGGAAUAUGUCUGUGAUGAGGGUUAUGAGCUGGCUGGAGAUGGAGUCUGGACCUGUCUCAAGUAUGGGAAGUGGGAUAAGACGAAACCGCCACGCUGCUCUCCUGUCCGAUGUCCGGAGCCUCCGUUAGAGGAGAACCACCUGGUCCUGAAGAGCCUGGACUCUGAAUCUGGAACAGUGGAGCUAUCCUGUGAAGAUGGUUAUAUCCUAGAGGGGGCUCAUGUUCUCCGCUGCACCCCGUCUCAGGAGUGGAACGACACCUUCCCGGUGUGUAAGCAGGUGUUUUGUGGACCACCACCUGAAGUGGCAUUUGGUAGCGUGUCCUCUGCCUCCCCUCCUUUCUCCUUUAGCUCUGCGGUGACGUACACGUGCGUGGGUGGAUUCACGUUGCGAAAAGAUGCUUCUGUGACCUGUCUCACCAGCGGGCAGUGGAGCACACCUUACCCGGAAUGCAUCCCUGUGGAAUGUCCUCAGCCUGUGGAGAUUUCCAACGGGAUUGUUGACGUCCAGGGUCUGAUGUACCUCAGCAAAGCCCUGUACAGCUGUAAGGCUGGGUACCACCUGGUGGGGAACGCCACAGUCCUCUGUGGGGAAAAGGGACUCUGGGUGGGCGGGGUGCCCUCUUGUCGUCCAGUCGAAUGCUCCAUCCCAAAACAAAUAGCCAGUGGGAAGGUGGUUUACAGAAAACUCCAGUUUGGUCACAGUGCUACUUAUUCCUGUCGCCGCGGUUACCGUCUCAAAGGCCCCCAGGCCCUCAGGUGCCUUGCUAAUGGAGAGUGGCACUCUGAUCCACCUGCCUGUGUGCAGAUCUCCUGCAGUCCACCCCAACCAAUAGAGAACGGGUUCGUAGAGGGCCAGGACCACAGCUUUGGGGUUACCAUCUUCUAUAGCUGUUUUCCAGGUUUCCAGCUACUGGGCCAGGAUCAUCUAACCUGCGAGGAGUUUGGCUGGUCCAGUUCGGUCCCCGUGUGUGUGCCCUCAGAUUGUGGGCUGCCUCCUCACGUUGACUUUGGGGAUUACAUCAGGGUGACAGAGUAUGAUCCUCCUCCUAAAGACUCUGUAACAGCUUCUGUCCUUGACCUGAACUUCCUUCACCAGACAGUGAUUGAGUACCGUUGCCACCUGGGUUACAACAUCAGCAGCCACACCAGGCUGGUGUGUCAGGAGGAUGGGAGAUGGAACGGGACAGCCCCGUCGUGUCUUCCAGCCGAGUGUGAGACCCCGCCCAGUCCGGAGCACGGCCGGCUGAAAGUGACGGACUCUUCUCUUGGCAGCGUGGUCAGGUAUUCCUGCGAGGACGGGUACCAGCUGGUGGGGGAACCUGUGAGGCAGUGUUUAUCGGGUCAGCUGUGGUCCAGCGACGCGCCGGUCUGUCGACCCGUUUCCUGUGGCGAUCCAGGGGCCGUCGCUAACGGGACCUCACACGGAGGAGAGUUUGUUUAUCCCGAAGUUUUCCACUUUGAAUGUAACCCCGGCUUUGUCCUGAGGGGCAGUGACACCAUCGCCUGUCAGGCAGACGGAAGAUGGAAUGGGCCCAAACCAGUUUGUGAUCCAGUUUCCUGCGGCCCUCCCAAGCUGCCUGAUGAUGUCAGCAGUGAAGGUAAAGACUACACGUAUAAUAGUGAGAUCAAGCUGACGUGUCCACCCGGUUUCCUCCUAAAGGGGACGUCUAGAAGUGUUUGCCAGGCUGACAGCUCCUGGAGCCACGAGACCCCCUACUGUGUCCCAGCCCUCUGUGGGAAACCCUCUCCGGUAACCCACGGCAACGUGUUGGGGUCACAGUUUGGCUACAACAGCAGGGUUAAAUAUGAGUGUGAUGAAGGAUACAGGCUCAGUGGAGACGCUACACUUGUUUGUCAGUCCGAUGGACUCUGGGACAAGGCCCCGCCUCGCUGUGACAUCAUCAGCUGCGACCCUCCUGAGGACAUAAGUCACGGCUUUGUGAACGGCUCCAGCUUCAACUACAACGAUGUGGUGGAGUACGUCUGUUUCCAUGGCUACCAGGUGGUCGGGGAUCCCGUCCUGCAGUGCUCCUCUCAGGGCACCUGGGUGGGCUCCGUUCCUCGAUGUCAGCCCUGUGUGUGCCCCCCACCCGAACUCCAGUUUGGGAGGGUUAUCGGGGAUGGUCGCGCGUGCGGGAACCAAGUCCAGUUCCAGUGUGACGGCGGCUACAGACGUCUGGGUCCUGCUCAGGCACUGUGUGAGAGAGAAGGAGUGUGGAGUCCCGGGGUGCCCGUGUGUAGCAGAGGGAGGUGCAGCGUCGCCCCACCUGUGGUCCAGAACGCCGUCUUACAGGGGGGCGUGGCGCCAUUCCCUGACACAGUCACAUACAGGUGUCGACUCGGCUAUCUCCUGAAGGGGUCCCCACACCUGUCCUGUGGUCGAGAUGGUAGGUGGGCAGAGCCCCGACUGCGAUGUGAGCCCGUGAGCUGUGAGAAACCACCUACAGUAGCUCACGCUGAGGCGGAGGGAGACGUCUUCACCUUCCCAAGCCAGAUCACAUACAGGUGUGAAGACGGCUACGAAUUAGCCACACAGAUGUCUUCUCUGUCCUGUCAGAGUGACGGCACCUGGUCCAAACACAUCAUCCAGUGUCGUCCCAUCCCCUGCCGAUUACCCGGCAACAUAUCCACGCCGCAUCUGGUGAUCAGCGCCAAGGAGCUCACGCCUGUUGGGGGCACCAUCACCCUCUCCUGCCCCCCAGGCUUCUACCUGCAGGGGGCAGCACUGGCAGAGUGUCAGACGGGAGGAGGCUGGGCUCCAGACAUCGUCUCUGUUUCCUGUGAAGUGGUGGUGUGCGAGAAACCUCCUCCUCUUCUUCACGGGGUAGUCGAGGGCGACAGCUACAACUAUGGAGACUUCAUCCUGUACUCCUGCCUCCCAGGCUUUGAGAUGAAGGGCGACUCUGUUCAGACCUGUCAAGGAGACGGGACGUGGAGCGGCACACAGCCCGUGUGUGUUGUCUCCGUGCAUUCCUGUGGACCUGCUCCUUCAGUGAAGAAUGCUCAGCUGCAGGCGACGGGAGACCUGACCAGCAUCGGUUACCUGUGCGGCGCCGGGCUGCAGCUCGUCGGCCCAAAGACUCUCACCUGUCUCUCCAACGGCUCCUGGAGCACCCCGGUGCCCACCUGUGAAACGGUCAGAGGCUGCGAGGGUCCCGAGCAGCUGCUGCACGGUAAAGUUCAGGAGCACAGCCUGAACACGGGACGCGCUCUGGAGUUUCAGUGUGACAAAGGCUACGGCCUGGUGGGGGAACGUCUGGUGGUGUGUAUGGGAGGACACACCUGGAGCUCCUCUUUCCCCACCUGCCGAGCAAAGUCCUGUCCACCUCCUCCAGGCUGGAAGGAGGACAUCAGCAGUAACAGAUCCCAGCAGGAGUUUCCUGUUGGACGCUCGAUCCGUGUUACCUGUCCCAGGGGGCAGCAGGUGAAAGGGAGCGGCACCAUCACCUGCAGGCCUGACCAGACCUGGAGUCCACUCAGUUCUGUGUGUGAAAGGGUGUCCUGCGGCGCCCCCCUCCACGUGGCCAACGGGGUGGUACGGGGGGCCGUGUUCCAGUUUGGGGACGUGGCCACCUACUCCUGUUUUGGUGGCUACACCAUGGAGGGCGUUGGAAGGAGCAGGUGUCAGGAGAACGGCACCUGGACGCCGCCGCCCGCCUGCAGAGCCGUGUGUUGGCUGCAGUGCCACAACGGAGGCGUGUGUCAGCGGCCCAACAUCUGCGCCUGCCCCGAGGGCUGGAUGGGUCGCCUCUGUGAGGAGCCUAUCUGUAUCCUGCCGUGCCUGAACGGAGGCCGCUGCGUAGCCCCCUACCAGUGCGAGUGUCCCACCGGGUGGACGGGCACCCGCUGUCACACUGCUGUGUGUUCAUCGCCGUGUCUGAACGGAGGCCGGUGCAUCCGACCUAACAGGUGCAGCUGCAGUCCAGGCUGGAGUGGACACAACUGCUCCAGGAAGAGGAAAUCCGUGUACUACCACUUCUAAGGGUUCCACUCAUCAGCACACGUAACAUCUAUGAAGGAACUUCUUGCAUUUUUAAAGUAUCUGUAAACCGUAACUCAUCUCUGGAGAACACAGGAACCAGUUUGUAAAAUAAAGCUGUAUUUUUUCCAUAUAAACAGUAUUAAAUGUUUGCUGCUAUAUACUUGUACUAUGUGUAAAAACUUGAUGUGAUGGUCUAAUGUAGAUGUGUAAACUAUUCACGUUUUUAAUAAAGCUUUAAAAAGCCA